GUAAUAAAACAUCCCUAUAAAAAUAUAUUGGUAACUUGUUCUUGUUAAGGUAUAUCAAGAUUAUACGAUUAUAAUAUCAAGUAUCAAUCAUGUAUUUAAUUUUAAAGGAAAUUCGACAAUUUGUACAUUUUAUUUCGAAACAUCGAUAUAUUAGAUAUUAUUGUAAGAAAGUAGAAGAUGAUAUGGAAAUUCCUACAAAUCCAUUAAAACAAUAUUAUAGUGCAAAUGAUCAAGUUACUAAUGGUGUUGUAUAUGAUUAUAAACCCUUCAAAUAUACUUGUAUAGCAGGUAAAAUAUAUUCAUGGUGUUUAUGUGGUAAAAGUAAUAAACAACCAUUUUGUGAUGGUACUCAUAGAAAUCAAUUUCUUCAAAUUAAACAAAAACCUAUACGUUUUACUGUUAAGGAAACCAAAGAUUAUUGGCUCUGUAAUUGUAAACAAACAUCAAAUCGACCAUUCUGUGAUGGUACACAUUUAAAUGAAAAUAUUGUACCAAAGAAAUAAUUAAUUAUAUAAAUAUAUAAAGCAAUAAUUCAAUUGUUAGUAAACAAA